UGUAGGAGUGAGGAGGAGGAGGACAUACCAGGAGAUGUCACCACAGAAAAUCCCAGUACAAAUUCAGAAGGAAACUUGUUGUCACUAAAUUAUAAAGUAGAAGAUGAAGAUAUGCAGCGCUCUUCAGGAGAAAAUAUUAAUGUACAUCCAGGACUUCACAGUACAGAUCUGUCAUAUAAUCUUCCUAAUCAUGAGGAACCUUCUCUUGACCAGAAGGAGGGUGAAAUGUUUCACUGUGGUAAAGAGUUCACAAAAAGAUCAAGUCUUUCUACAUACACAAGAAUUCGCACUAAGGAGAAGCCAUACUCCUGUUCAGAAUGUGGGAAGUGCUGUACAGAUAAAUCACAUCUUGUUAGACAUAAAAAAAGCCACACAGGAGAGCUUUUUAAAUGUUCAGAAUAUGGAAAAGGUUUUAAAAUCAAAUCAAAUCUUGCUAUACAUGAGAGAAUUCACACAGGAGAGAACCCAUAUUCAUGUUCAGAAUGUGGAAAAUGUUUUACACAAAAAUCUGAUCUUGUUAGGCAUGAGAGAAGUCACACAGGAGAGAAGCCAUAUUUGUGUUCAGAAUGUGGGAAAUGUUUUACACAAAAAACAAAUCUUGUUACACAUCAGAGAUUGCACAUAGGAAAGAAGCCUUAUUCAUGUUCAGAAUGUGGGAAAUGUUUUGCACAAAAAUCAACUCUUGUUAAGCAUGAGAGAAGUCACACAGGAGAGAAACCAUAUUUGUGUUCAGAAUGUGGGAAAUGUUUUACACAGAAAUCAGAACUUGUUACACAUCAGAGAUUUCACACAGGAGAGAAGCCAUAUUCAUGUUUAGAAUGUGGGAAAUGUUUUACAAAUACAUCAGGUCUUGUUAGACAUAAGAGAAGUCACACAGGAGAGAAGCCGUUUUCGUGUUCAGAAUGUGGGAAAUGUUUUACAGAAAAAUCUAAUCUUGUUACACAUCAGAGAUUUCACACAGGAAAGAAGCCAUAUUCAUGUUCAGAAUGUGGGAAAUGUUUUACACAGAAAUCUGAUCUUGUCAAGCAUGAGAGACGUCACACAGGAGAGAAGCCAUAUUCAUGUUCAGAAUGUGGGAAAUGUUUUGCACAAAAAUCUGAUCUUGUUAAGCAUAAGAGAAGUCACACAGGACAGAAGCCAUAUUUGUGUUCAGAAUGUGGGAAAUGUUUUACACAAAAAUCAAAUCUUGAUACACAUCAGAGAUUUCACACAGGAGAGAAGCCAUAUUCAUGUUCAGAAUGUGGGAAAUGUUUUACAGAUACAUCAGGUCUUGUUAGACAUAAGAGAAGUCACACAGGAGAGAAGCCGUAUUUGUGUUCAGAAUGUGGGAAAUGUUUUACACAAAAAUCAAAUCUUGUUACACAUCAGAGAUUUCACACAGGAAAGAAGCCUUAUUCAUGUUCAGAAUGUGGGAAAUAUUUUGCACAAAAAACAGAUCUUGUUACACAUCAGAGAAGUCACGCAGGAGCAAAUUUCUGAAAUUGAAUCAGUCAGCAGAUUCCAUUUGGGUACAAAUAAAUUCAAACCAAAGUGACAGUGCUCAGAUUGCCCUAAUAAAUUGUGAAUGACAUUCUGAAGUCUUGUAGGGUUUUAACGUCAAGGCAGCAUUGGCAAUCUUAAAGUGGCAGUGAAAUAUAUAGAUAUGGAUAACAGAUGGUGGCCGGUGGUAAAAAAGAAACUGUUUAAAGGG